AUGGAGAUAUUUCUUCAGGUUUACUACACUAAUCUCACAAAAUUAUUUUGUUGGAUAGUGCAAUAUGAUGGGAAAAAAAACCACGGAUUGCAAAAGGCCUUGCAACUUGCAGCUUUUGAUAGCAGCUCGCAAUUUAGCACAAUGGAUGCAGUGGAAUCACCACCUACCAAUUUUGAGACCAAUACUUUCACAAAUCCUUGUCAAGAAAUUGCUUCUGUAUGUAGUGGCGUUGUAGGAUACCAAGAGGAAAAUCCGGCAGCUUACAAGUGUUGUGUUCUCCUUCUUAUUUCCCUUGAUAUCAUGUGA